UUUUAGAUUUUGUACCAUGUUGUUUUAACCCUCCAUGACCCAACACAUUCAUUAAUGAACACAAAUCUUUUGUGUUUGGCAGACCCUUUUGAUCUCUUCCACUGGAUCAACCAACUAUGCUUCUCCUUCACUUGCAGACCUGCCACCCAUGGAUUCUACCCCCAAUCCACACCCACUUCUCAUCAAUCGCCAACAAUUCCAGGAGGUUUGUGCCCUGCCAAUUCAGCUGGAUCAAAUCUUCAACUUUGCAUGUGCGUGGCCUUGGAGGGCAUGGUGAAGGGAGAUGGGAGGCUGAUUCUCACAGAUCAGAAGUUAAGUCAAAUUCCAACACUUACAAACAUGUUUCAGAAAAUUUGGGCACUGAGUCCAUUUGCAUGGAAAAAAAUAAUAGUAGUUCUGAUCAGGGUCCACAGGCUAAAAGCAUGAUACAAUCUAUGUCAUUGUACAUCAUACUGAGAUUGACACAUAACAAGUUGCUUGAUCUGAUGAUAAAAGUUGUCCAACCAUUACUUUCAGACAUGUUACAGACUCUUAGGGCGACAAGCUUGCCUCUUGCUUGCAUUUCUAAUUCCUUGAAUAAACCUAAGCCUCUUCAAUUAGACGUGUCCUUGCCUUCUUUUCAUGAUAUUAGAUGGAGCUUAGCACGGUUGUUGUACUUAUUUAACAUCCAGCUUGAGAGAAAUGUUGCCACGUUCUUUGUGGUGCUCCUUUUAGCAUGCUUCUCAUUUGUUGUCAUUGGUGGUCUCCUGUUCUUCAAAUUCAGGGGUAGUAAAAAUUCUCUAGAAGAUUGUCUCUGGGAAGCCUGGGCAUGUCUUUGUUCAUCCUCCACUCAUUUAAAACAAUCAACACGUAUUGAGCGUGUUAUUGGCUUUCUUCUUGCAAUAUGGGGUAUAUUGUUCUACUCUCGCCUUCUAAGUACGAUGACAGAACAAUUUAGGAAUAAUAUGCAAAAGCUGAGGGAGGGGGCCCAAAUGCAAGUUCUGGAGACUGAUCAUAUCAUUAUCUGUGGGAUGAAUAGUCAUCUUCCCUUCAUAUUAAAGCAGCUAAAUAAGUAUCAUGAAUUUGCUGUUCGCUUAGGCACUGCUACAGCUAGGAGGCAGAGAAUCCUUCUUAUGUCUGAUCUUCCAAGAAAACAGACUGAUAGGAUUGCUGAAAACAUUGCAAAAGAUUUAAAUCAUAUCGAUGUCCUUACCAAGAGUUGCAGCCUUAGUUUAACAAAAUCAUUUGAAAGAGCAGCAGCCAACAAGGCACGUGCAAUAAUUAUACUGCCUACUAAAGGGGAUCGGUAUGAAGUUGACACAGAUGCAUUUCUUUCUGUUUUAGCCCUUCAACCAAUUCCAAAUAUGGAUUCGGUCCCCACCAUAGUUGAGGUUUCAAGUUCAAAGACGUGUGAGUUGCUGAAAUCAAUUUCAGCAUUGAGAGUAGAGCCAGUAGAAAAUGUUGCUUCCAAAUUAUUUGUUCAAUGCUCUCGGCAGAAGGGGCUUAUAAAGAUCUACAGGCACUUGCUAAAUUAUCAAAAAAAUGUAUUCCAUCUUUGCAGCUUGCCUAAUCUAGAAGGACUGACAUAUAGGCGAAUAAGACAUAAAUUUCAAGAAGCUGUUGUAUGUGGUCUUUACCGGAGUGGGAAAAUAUACUUCCACCCAAACGAUGAUGAAAUUCUGCAGCAAACUGACAAAGUGUUGUUCAUUGGAUCCCUUCGGGAUACUAAAAAGCCAGAAAUUGUAACCCCAAAUGGGCAAGAAGGAAAGCAUGGAAUUUUUAAUGAAGAAAUACAUGAAAAGGACGUGGAACAUGUCAUCAAAUUGAGUAAAUUAAGACUUGCUAAUAUAGUAAAACGUCCUCGUAGAUCAGGUUCCAAGGCAUCAGAUGGGAAUCUAGGACCGAAAGAAUGCAUUCUUUUACUUGGGUGGAGGCCUGAUGUUGUAGAAAUGAUUCAAGAGUAUGAUAACUAUCUUGGUCCUGGAAGUGUUUUGGAAGUGUUAUCGGACACACCAUUAGGUGACAGGAUUAUUAGGGAGAGCAACAUCAAUUGUAAUAGCAAACUCAAGAAUGUCCGAGUUUCUCAUAGGAUUGGAAAUCCCAUGGACUAUGACACCUUAAAGGAAACCAUUUUGAAUAUUCAGAAUUCUUUGAAGAAUGAAGAUGUUCCUUUGUCGAUUGCGGUCAUAUCUGACAGAGAAUGGCUUCUUGGAGAUCCAUCUAAGGCAGACAAGCUAUCUGCUUAUUCUCUCCUACUUGCUGAAAAUAUCUGCAACAAGUUUGGAGUUAAGGUGCAAAAUCUAGUUGCAGAAAUAGUUGAUUCAAAAUUGGGGAAACAAAUUACUAGAAUCAAACCAUCGGUGACCUACAUUGCAGCAGAGGAAGUAAUGAGCCUUGUAACAGCUCAAGUGGCUGAGAAUAGUGAACUGAAUGAAGUUUGGAAAGACGUACUGAAUGCAGAGGGCGAUGAAAUUUAUGUUAAGGAUAUUGGGCUUUACAUGAAAGAAGGAGAGAAUCCAUCGUUUUCUGAGCUUUCAGAGAGAGCAUAUUUGCGGAGAGAAGUAGCCAUAGGAUAUGUGAAGAACAAGAAGAAUGUAAUAAACCCACUUCCCAAGACUGAACCCCUCUCUCUUGAAAUGACUGACUCGUUGAUAGUCAUAUCAGAGCUGGAAGGAGAACAACCCAUCGUUUUGUAAUGCUUAACAAUGAUUUAGGAAGAGACUGCAUCCACAUCAUUGAAUAUUCCUGUCACUCUUUCAUCAUUUGAAUCACAUUUCUCUGUAAUUUCUUUUAAUAUAAUUAGACUUGAUUUUUGUCAUUUAAUCUAGAGUAAAUUAUACUUUAUCUCUCCCAUACUUUUUUAAUUUAUUCCUUGUACUGUUUUGCUUAAUGUCAAUGCCACAUGUGUGAUAAAGGAGAAAUUUUUUAUGGUCCAAGACCAUCAUGGUCCCAACUAAUAGAAACAUGACAUGUAUGUAUUUUUUUGUUUAAAAAAAAAUUGACACAUG